CCUAUUAUGUGCGCUCGCUUAGUCAGGCUGCGUUAGGUUGGAAGCUACCAUGGACUACUAGUGGAUACGUUGACUGAAGCAGCGGAGAGUCUGAGGCAGUUUAUGGGCUUUGUUGGCGGAUACCGACAUAUUGAACAGAGUUAACCUGGUUCCCUGCUCUUUUCUAAAGACAACAAUGUCCCAGGGCCAGAACUUCCUACCCAAGUUCCUUUUCGUAAGUAACCUGCUGAAGGCUGUGAAGAUCCGCGAGCGCGUGCCUAACGAUGUUGUAAAGCCGGCGGCCAGUGGUGGCCUGAUGCACCAUUUGCGUGGCAUGCACCGCUACACGCUGGAAAUGAUCCGAAUGAGUCAGUUCCCCCAGGCCUUCCGUGAGAUCAUUCAGUCGGCAAUCUUGGACCGGGCGAUGCAGUCCUCACUGGAGCAGGAGAAAAAGCUCAAUUGGUGCCGCGAAGUAAAGAAGCUGGUGCCACUCCGGACGAAUGGUGAUGGAAAUUGCCUGCUUCAUGCAGCCUCUCAGUACAUGUUGGGGGUUCAAGACACAGACCUGGUCCUCCGAAAGGCUCUUUAUGCUGUGCUUAAAGAGACAGACACCAGUAAUUUCAGGGCUCGAUUUCAAACAGAGCUGCUGCACUCCCAGGAGUUUACACAGACCGGCCUGCACUACAGCACCAAGAAUUGGGACGAGGAAUGGGAAAAGAUAGUUGCUAUGGCAUCUCCUGCCGCCAGCAGCAAUGGCCUACAGUUUGAUUCACUAGAAGACAUUCACAUAUUUGUACUGUCGAAUAUCCUUCGCAGACCAAUUAUAGUAAUCGCAGAUCAAGUGGUGAGGAGUAUGAAGUCUGGCACUUCUUUCUCACCUCUUAACUUUGGGGGCAUUUACCUUCCUCUUCACUGGCCUCCAUCAGAGUGCUACAAGUAUCCAAUAGUGCUUGGCUAUGACUCCCAACACUUUGCACCACUCAUUACCAUCAAGGACAGCGGCCCAGAGUUUCGAGCCAUACCGCUGAUCAACCCAAGCAGGGCAGGCUUUAAAGAGCUGCACAUCCACUUCCUGACAGAAAAGGAGCAGCAGCAGAAGGAACGACUGCUCAACGAUUAUCUGAUGCUCAUGGAGAUUCCAGUCAUCGGCUUGGGCUACGACCCUACGCAAAUGAUCAGAGCAGCUCGCUUGGAUGAGGGCAAUCUGCCUGAGGAUAUGAACUUGAUGGAAGACUACCUUCAGCUGGUGAAUCACGAGUACAAGCGCUGGCAGGAGGACAAGGAUGCGGUGUGGGCACCCACGUCACAGCGAGCACCGCCACCCUUCUCCGUCUCACAGUUAUCACUCAUCGAGAUCCGCUGUGCCACACCUCGGUGCACGUUUUACGUCUCCGUGGACACGCAGCCGCACUGCCACGAAUGCUUUGAGAAGCGGCGCGCCAACGGCAAGCAUGAAGCUGUUAAUAGCCAUGGCAAUCGAACCAACCAUGCCAACGCUUCAUCUGACCCCGCGAUCCCCAGCCCUCGCUCUGCACCACCUACUGCACCCAGCCUGAGUCUCUACAGCGAGACGCACGCCAUGAAGUGCAAGACACCCAGCUGCCAGUUCACGCUCAGCGUAGAGCACGAUGGCCUAUGCGAACGCUGCUUUAACGCCUGCCAAGCAGGCAACGGACAGUCCCAGGGCCCUGCUCAUGGCUGGGGCCAUACACAGUGGUCACAGAGCACACGGGAACGACAGAAAGAUAGAGAAAAUAGAGAAAGAGAAGGAGAACGCUGUAGCGCAUGUCGUCAAGAGGCUAUUCGGACUUUUAAUGGCCUUUGUCCACCUUGCAUGCAAAGUAGUGCUGUCUCGCAACAGUCCAGAAUAGACAUGUCAUUGUGGGCGGGAACAGGAGAGCCAGAGCAUCCCGGCACUGCUGGGCAUACCUGUCACACACAGGCGGCGCGACAGUGCAAGCGCUCAGGUUGCCAGUUCUUCGGUACACCUGAAAAGUUGGGAUUUUGCACGAUUUGUUACGUGGACUAUCAGACCAAUCACCAGGCAGCUCCAGCAGUAGUGCAACCCAGAAACACGACAGAGGCAGUGUUUCAGAACCUGAGAUGUCGAGGGCAAAGCUGUGAUGCAGUAGGCAAGGCCAUGCUGGAAGGCUACUGCAACAACUGCUACGUGAAGGAGCAGAGAGCGAGAAUCAAUGAAGCUGCUAGCAGAGGCACCACUUCCCCUCCAGUAGUCGUGCGGAAAUCUCGUCCACCGCCGACACUCAACCAGGUUCACUGUCGGCGCAGCGGCUGCAAGAACGUCUCACCCGGCUGCACGGACUUGUGUCCAGACUGCCUUAGUCGCGGCGGGCAGUGGGAAGGUCGGCGUGCCCACGCACCCAAAGAGAAGAGCAAGCAGCGCUGCAGGGCGCAGGGCUGCGAUCACUACGCCAACCAGGAAAAACAAGGUUACUGCAAUGAAUGUGACCAUUUCAUAAAAAAGUAUUAAUGAAGCUGAAGCCAACCGUUUCAUUUUCCAAAGAGGGAACUAUAAAACCUUUGCACGCCCACGUGUGUGAAUCCUUAGUCAAACAGAAUGACGCAGCUAACCGAGCCACCUGGUCAUGGGUGUGGCACUAAAAGACCCAGGCAGAGCUGUGAAACUGGCAAUUUACCUCUCAAGCAAAUUUUUUACAUUUUUGUAUGGUGUGUAAAAGACUGAGGUGGGGCUGUUGACAUUGAGAAGCUUCAAACACGCUGGCAUCCAGUCGCAUACAUCUGUGCUAUUUGUCAUUUAUAUCUAACAGGGUAAUAAGAUUUGUGAACGAUUUGUACAUUGCCAAACUAAUUGAGGGGGGAGCAUCUUUAAAGGGUAAUCAUUUUAUUUAUGAUUGUGAGCUGAAAACGCAACAAAAUUUGACCAAAGUUACUUCUGGAAUGAUUCUGACCAAGCCAGUGAAGCCUGUAUAAAUACAGGACGUAGAGCUACAGGGUUUUAGAGGCCUCAGAAAGAUUGAUUCUUUCAUACAAUGUAAGUUAAGUGCCAAUGCAAGUUUGCAAAGCAGAGCUCCAACUUUAUUUCUCGUUGCACCAUUCAAAGUCUGCUGAAAAUCCGGACCUGUUGCCUUUGAGAUUUGAGAUUUUUAGAUGAAUUUUUAAUUUAUCAUUGCUCAUUUUUGUGGCGUGCUUUCUUGAAAUUUUUAUUCACCUGAUUUUGCCUUGUUGGACUUUGUUUGGGUUCGACAUUGACAUCUUUCCGUAGCUUAUAAGAGAUUCCUAAGUGCAAUAAAACAGGUUCUGCAGCACACCUUAAUCAGCAUGUGAACAAGUACUUAGAAACUAAUCUAAAUACAACAAAGCAGUUGCUACACCCAAAAAAGCAAAGGUCAGCUACAUGUUAGAAAGGAAAAACCCUAUGUGAAGUGAAAUCCAUGACAGAAUUGAGAGGAUAGAUAAAAAAACAACAGCAGCAAGGCACACAAGAAUUGUGUUGUGCAUAUGUGCUCUUAAAAUUGUGAAUACCCAGUUUUUUGUCAAUCUUAUGGUACUUUUGCUACAUUCACACAAUGCCUGUAUUGUAUGCAUUCGGUAUGCAAAAAUAGCUAUUUGACUAUUUAGCCUGUGCUUGCAUAGAGUUAAGCAUGGAGAGAAUUUUUGCCUACACUGAAAAAGGAGCAUCAGCGCAAGACAUUCCCAUUCUUGACGUCUAACAAUGUGGUGAAAUAGAAAUAGAUCCAUGCAGGCCCUAUAUACAGAUGUGCUGUGGUCUGAUAUGGAUGCAUUCAAGAAUAAAUCGCAGUCCAGUCAUGAGUAAGAAAUAGGAGUAUCUACUCUUCUUUCUAUUUAACUACUGAAUCUGAUUUCAAUUCAGAUUAUCACCAAUUUGCACAGUACUUAAUAAGCUGCUCUGAAAUUAGUUGAGGUAUCUCUGACUUACUUCUGACAGUUGACAUUCCAACUAUAGACUAGAUAACAAAAUAUAAUUUUUGGGAGGAAGGGGUAUUUGGUAUUUAUUCAUAACAAACAUCUGUAUUGUGUUUCAAUAAUAAUUUAUAUGUUGUUGUAAAAUAAAUUAUUUUUAAUAGUAAAACCUCAA